AUGUCAGAAGAAGAAGAGGAAGAAUACUUUAAUACAAAUACUGAGCGAAGACCUAUAAUUAAUCAUAUAGAAGAUAGAUAACAACAUAAAGAAUAGAACAAGAAGGUUUUGUUAAAUUUAGGCGUUUUUGCUCUACUUACAGCAAUAUCUUCUUUGAUUUUCAUGGGUUGGUUAUCUAAGAAAUCAAGAGUAGAUUAAAAACAAAUAAUUUUACCAUUUCAUAAUCCUAAUGAUCGUUCAUAACUUUUAUGUCCUCUUAAUACAUCUUUCGAUACUAGUAAAUUUAGUUGUUUAGAAUGUUCAUAAAAUUGUGAAUAUUGUUAUCAUGAGUAUACAUAGAGAUGUGUUUAAUGUGUUCAUCCAUAUAAAUUGAAAUCAAAUUAUUGUGUUGAAGAUUGUAUAUCUAUAGACAAUAUUUGCAUAAAUACUACAUCAGAUUUAGUCAAUUUAUAUAAUUAUUCAAUAGUGGAUUUGGGAACAGAAUUAAGAGUAAAUCAAUUAUUUUAAGUUGAAAUUCAUACUCAUCUUUAUCAAAAUCUAUAUAUAUUAUUCCCUCCACUUGGUUAAUCUUUUAAUUUUUUUUAUGAUCAUGUGAAAUUGCCAGAAAUGGCCUAAUAAUUGAAUGCAACAUUAAUUGUGUUUUCAACUCCUUAUACUGAAGUUUUAUAGGUCUAAGAAUUGUCAGAUUCAAUAGAUGAAGAAUUUAGAUUUAUAGAAAGAGUACAUGAAUUUAUUACACCAUAUUUUUCAGAAGAUACAAAAACAGUCAAUAUUAUAGGUUUAGGGGAAAUGCUUUUCUUUGCACAUCGUUUAUCAACCUAUAUGUAUAGAAUUUUAAUUAUAAUUAUAGAGUUAAGAAAAUGCCUGCAUCUAUUGAAACAAAUAUUACAGUUAUUUUAAUGUAAACAUUGGAAUUCCCAUUAUAUGAUACAUUAAAUUUAAGUUUCCUCUAAUUACAACAUCUAUUAGCUUAUAUAGAUUAGAGUUGGGAUAUAUCACAUAAAGAAAAUAAGUCUAAUCUUAUUGCUAAUAAUGAAGAUGAUCUCUAUUCUUAAAUUCAGUAAUUUCUAUUACAUCUGAGCUUCAAUAAUUUAGUCAAUCCAUCUUAUAAUAUGAAAAUUAAUGUAGUUGUGAUGUCAGAAAAAGGAUGCCAAGAUAUAUAAAAUUUAUAUUAAGAUGGAUUUAAUGCCAAAAAUUUUAAUUAGAUAUUCUUGGAUGACAAUCAUUUAGCAACACAGUUUGCUAAAUUAAUUAGUUUGCAAUGA